AUGAGCUCCAACAUCCUACCAAGAGACGACCCGUUAGAAGGCGACCUUCCGUACGCCAAAGGCGAGCAGAUCGAGGAAGACGAGGAAGAGGAAGAUGAGGCUGUCAACCUUGGUGCCUACGAAGACGAAAUCUAUGAAUCAGAAUCGCCCUCGGAAAGCGGCACCGAAUCGCUAACGUGGAUUUCGUGGUUCUGCUCCUUGCCGGGGCACGAAUACUUUGCCGAAGUAGGCGAAGACUUUAUCGAAGAUGAUUUCAACCUGACGGGGCUUAACGCGCUCGUGCCCUUCUACAAGGAAGCGCUCGAGAUGAUCCUCGACGUCGAGCCGCCCGAGGAAGACUCGCUCAAGAUUCCCGAUGUUUCGAUUGUCGAGUCCUCCGCCGAGCUGCUCUAUGGCUUGAUCCAUCAGAGGUACAUCUUGACGCGACACGGCAUGCAGCAGAUGGUGGACAAGUACGAGGCGGGACACUUUGGCUACUGUCCGCGAGUGUUUUGCCAUAGCCACCCCGUGCUACCGUGUGGGAGGAGCGACUUGCCCGGGCUGGACACCGUCAAGCUGUUCUGUCCAAACUGCAUUGAUAAUUACAGUCCGCCGAGCAGCCGGUUUCACGGGGUGGACGGGGCGUUUUUCGGUACGACGUUCCCGCAUCUGCUGUACCAGUGCUAUCGCGAUCUGUUUCCUAGUAUCAUUGCGCCCAAGCAGGCGGUCGAGGCGGUGGGCGCUCAGCAAGUGCAGUACGCGCCGCAGCAGCAGGCGGAUGCUGCAGACGCUUCUGAAACAACACCAUCAGCCACGGAAGCAACGGCGACAGAAGCGAGGACAGAGGCGCCCGUCCACCGCACGAUCCAGCCAGAACAGUUGGGCAAGCGUGUACCUUACACCCGAACGUACACACCCAAGAUCUACGGCUUCAAGGUGUCGGAAUACGCAAAGACAGGGCCCAGGAUGAAGUGGAUGCGCAUGCGUCCCACUUCGCUCGACCAACUCGAUCGUCUUUGA